UCCCGGUAAUCACACCAAAAGCCCCAUUUUUACUCCACAACUAAGCAUGGCUGCUAUGCAAAACCAUUUUCUGCUGCUUCCCCUGUUUUUCUUAGGAAUGGUCUCAAGUGUUAUGGCGACGGUGUUUACACUCCAAAACAGCUGUAGCUACACGAUCUGGCCGGGGACGCUCACCGGAAAUGGCGGGGCCAUUCUAGGCGCCACGCUCAAAGGCGGCGGCCGUGGCGGAGCGCCGCCUGUCAGCCUCGUGGAAUUGACCAUUAGCAGCCGCGGGGAUAAAGACUUCUACGACGUCAGCUUGGUGGACGGGUACAACGUGGGGAUAGGCGUGCGGCCGUCGGGUGGCUCUGGUGACUGCAAGUACGCAGGGUGCGUGGCGGACGUUAAUGCGAAUUGCCCGCAGGAACUGCAGGUGGUUGACGGCGGGGGUGCGGUGGUAGCGUGCAGGAGCGCUUGCGCUGCGUUCAACAAGCCGGAGUAUUGUUGCUCCGGCGACCACGGGACGCCGGAGACAUGUGGGCCGACGCAGUACUCGCUGAUUUUCAAGAAUGCAUGCCCGGCGGCGUAUAGUUACGCAUACGACGAUCAGACCAGUACAUUCACUUGUACUGGUGCGGAUUAUCUCAUUACAUUUUGUCCGACAGCCUGAUUUAAGGGUGUGUUUGGCUAAAUAAACUCUGACGUCUUAUAAGCUGUACUUGUUCUAGAAAUAAAUUUUUAAAAUAUUUAGACAAAUAAAAUACUAAAGCAUUUGAUAUA